ACAAUGGCAGCACCCGCAGCCUGGAAGCCCUAUGACAAGCUAACAGACGCACCCACCAACCUGAAGGAGGCCAUUGACUGGGUCCUCAGGGUAACUGGUAAGGAUGGUAAGAAGAACGUGGCGGCGCAGCCGCAACCAAGCACUAACAAAGGACCCCAUUGCUUGUGCUACUUGGCCAAGGCAGUGAAGGACCUACUGUAUGACGCCAGGUCCCCGGGGUCCCCUGGUCCACACCCUGACCGGUACUGGGACGACCUGCUCCUAACAGAGGAAAGUACUAUUGUCAAGCCAGUGCUCACGGACCUGGGACUGGUCAGUACUGGGAGCACUAGUGCUGCCAGUAGUACCCGCGCCGGUGGCACCGAGGUCAUAAAGACACUGAUAGACCACUUGGCACUGGGACUACAGAAGUGGGUUGGGUGGCAGGAAGAUGAUAAGUGUUGUCUUAAGGGGGAUAAAAGUACUAGAGAAAGUAAGGGUAUGGGAAGGAAGUGUGAUUGUACUGGUGCGCAGUGUUGUACUAACGGUGGCGCUAGUUAUGAAUGUGAGAAGUGUGGCAAAGGUACUGGUACCAAUAAGUGUUAUAUAUCAUCCUACGGUACGACAUUGAGAAGCUCGGUAGAGAAUACCAUAAUUGGUCAUAAACCUAUUUGGAAGGAUGUAUCCAAUGACUCCACUAAGGUCCACCUCCUGGCCCGUAUUUUCCUAGGGUCAGUAUGUCUCAUCUGGAGUGGACUCAGUCAGUUGGGGUUCCUAACGGGAGAUAAGAGGUGGAAGGAUGACACGCUGAGUCAAGUCGAUAAGGGUCUCGGCUCAUUCAUGGCGGCCGUGGGCUAUGACCUGGAGAGGUUGAAUCAGGGAGGUGACAAGAAGGGAGAUUUUUUAUGGAAAUUACUAUCGGGACAAGAGCCUAGUGAUGAGAAAAAUAGGAUAAAGUGGAAAGAGUUUACUGGAGACAGUGCUAACCAGAAGAGUGUAGCUGAGUACUAUAGUGAAAUCUAUAAGAAUGCCAAGGAGGCACUGAAGAAGGACAAGAGUACUAAAACCGAAGAAAUUUGUACUAAGUACCCCCUAUUGGUACUCCACAUCCUGGCCAGUGGGUACUUCAGGGCAGGCAGUGCCGGGGCUAAUAAGAUAACGCCGGCGAAGCCGGCCACUGGUGAUCCUAAGAAACCCCUUCAGCCACGGACAAUCCGGGAAAUCCUAUACUGGCUAAGUGCAUUGCCCUAUAGUGAGAAGUACUGCCAGCUGGUGGAUAGGAUGGAUGGCAAGAUGAAGGGUAUAUUACCUAAGGAACAGCAGGAUUCACUAAACCUAGAGGGUAUUAAAGGUUCUAAUGGUGCCAGUACCACCCUCCAGCGUAAGGAUAUUACCCACUACCUACUGGCCGCCUGUGGCUACUGCCCACUGGUCCUCAUCGGUAUCCAGGGGACCAUAGCCACCAGUGGCAAUGACACUCCUGCGACAGGUAGUAGUGGUGGUAACAGUAAUGGCAACAACCAAGGCGGUAGUCCUAAUCAGAAUAAUGGUAAUGACAAGAGGUGUCCCAAGCAUAGUAAAGACCGUAAUUAUAGAUGUACCCUUGAUGAUAAAGACAAGACAACGGUAACGGCACCGGCAGCUCCCACCGGACAACCCCUUCAGGCCGGUGAGGUCUGCUACGGCGGGUACCACCUGGCAGUAAAGGAUUUUGGCCCCCUCCAUGGGAUGUACGCCAAUGGGCUCUUUGGCUUCCAGAUGGACCUUUCUCCCGCCCAGUGCCUGGACCAACUGAGGAUAUAUGUCUACCACUGCUUCUACCAGCUCUAUUUCCUGAGGAAGCAGUGUGGAGUAGGGGUGGUGGACAACAAGGCAGUGCUGGGCUGGAAAAGUUGUAGGUAUGGUAAGGAUGUCAAGUGGAGUGCCAGCACUUGGUUGUGUUCUGCUAGCAGUACAGGUGGUAAUGGGCAAGGUUGUCAGUGCAAGACGAUCCCUAGUCCAUCCUCGCCAUUGAUGGCAUUCCUGUGUGAUGGAUUAGGACCACUGAGAUGCGGAGUAACAGUAGGCAAAAGUGUGAAUAAAUAUCCCGAAAUUGAGGAGCACAUUGAAUCCAAGGAUACUAUUCAACCUCCACACUUUGGCAAACCACCCAUACAUUGUCCCGUCCCAAUGGGAUGGCAAGCAGAGGCUAGUGGUAGCACUAGCGAUGGUCAAGUCAGAGAAAACCACUUCAAAGAUUUAACCCAGGGUACCCAUAAGACAGCGCAACUGACACAACAACAAGGCAAUGGCAAGUAUCCCGCCCACUGCACUGGUAAUACACUAGCGCUUCUCCUGGAGUACUACUGUGACCCAGGAAAGUGCCCUAGUGGCACCCUAGUGGUACUCCUGAGGCUACUGGCAUGUAUUACUCCCACGGUGCCACGGACACUGGGUGACCUCUUUGGGUUCUAUUACUAUAUAGUCUAUAUUGGGGGAAACAAGAGUGGUGUUGGAGAGGGAGUGUAUGAGAAGCUAACAAAGGAACUAAAAGCUGUUAGAUUGGAUAUGCUGGGUAGUGGUAAUGAUAAAGUGGUCAAGGCACUCCAGUGGUGGAACAAAGAUGGUGCAUGCCAGCCAGGCAGCCACAGUGGCGUUACGACAGGCUCCCUAAAGACCCUAUAUGGAUGUAACAAUAACAGUAACACGGACAACAAUUGCUGUCAAUACUUAUCACCCCUUAGUGGCCAGCAGUAUGGCCAGUUGAGUCCAGCGAUGGCCGGGACCUACCUGUCAUGGUUGGUCUAUUUGAUAGGGGAGUUCAAGACAGGACUAGAGGGGUUGAAAGGGGAGUUUCAGGAUAUUAGUUGUAAGGAUUCAGAGUGUAAGGGUGCCGGAGGAGCUGGUGGAUGUGGCAAUGGUACAUGCACCAGUGGAACCCAUGGAAAUAGUAAUACAUGCUGCUGCGACUCUGUGGUAUCAUGUACCGGGGUACUACCGGUGUUGUACAAGUAUGGCUUUGGGUAUGGUGAUGUAGAGUCUAUAGGUAGUGCAUCGUGGUCAUUGGGUCCUGAUAAAAGAAAGUGCCACAAAUUCCUGAAACAGCUGGAUGCCAUUAUCAAGGACGAAGAAAACACUCACUUCAAAAACCUCAUUAAUGAAAUCAACCAACUCAUCUACACCACUAGGCUUCCCUGGAUCUUUGUACUGACCCUGGCCUGGCUCGUGGCGGUACUAUAUCUUGCCUUUGGUGCCAUAUGGCCACUGGACUGGACGCAUAUGAGGUCGCAUUGUAGGGGAUGGUUCAGGAAGGGCAGUCUGAGUCCAUGGGAGGUACUGAUGGUGGGAAAGAAGAAGGGGAGAGGGAUACUAGAGUUUUUUGGUGGGAAGUAAUU